AUGAAAAAAAUUAAUAUUAGAGAGAAGUGCUUUGAAUGUAAUGAAUGUGGGAAAAGCUUCAGCGAGACCGGGAACCUUAUUACUCAUCAGAGAAUUCACACUGGAGAGAAACCAUUUGAAUGUAAAGAAUGUGGGAAAGGCUUUAGUCAGAGGGGAACUCUUAUUAGUCACCAGAGAAUUCAUACUGGAGAGAAACCAUUUGAAUGUAAAGAAUGUGGGAAAGGCUUUAUUCAGAGGGGAACUCUUAUUUGUCACCAGAGAACUCAUACUGGAGAGAAACCCUUUGAAUGUCAUGAAUGUGGGAAGGGAUUCAGACAGAGGGGAUCUCUCAUUAGUCACCAAAGAACUCAUACUGGAGAGAAACCCUUUAAAUGUCAUGAAUGUGGGAAAGCCUUCAGUGAAGGCAGAUCCUUUAAUAGACAUCUCAGAACUCAUACUGGAGAGAAACCCUUUAAAUGUCAUGAAUGUGGGAAGGAAUUCAGGCAGAGGGGAACUCUCAUUAUCCAUCAGAGAACUCAUACUGGAGAAAAACCAUUUGAAUGUCAUGAAUGUGGAAAAGCCUUCACUUCAAGUAAUGGACUCAAAACACAUCAGAGAAAUCAUACUGGUGAAAAACCUUUUGAAUGCCAUGAAUGUGGAAAAGCCUUUGCUUCAAGUAAUGGACUCAAAAAACAUCAGAGAAAUCAUACUGGUGAAAAACUCUUUGAAUGCCAUGAAUGUGGAAGAGCUUUCAGUGAACAGAAAGUACUCAGAAUCCACCAGAAAACUCAUACAGGAGUGAAACCCUUUGAAUGUAAUCAAUGUGGUAAAGCUUUUACUAAGAGUAAUAUUCUCAAAAGACAUCAAAGAACUCAUACUGGAGAGAAACCUUUUGAAUGUAAUCAGUGUGGAAAGGCUUUUAGUGAUGGUAAUGUUCUCAAAAGCCAUCAGAGAACUCACACUGGCGAGAAACCUUUUGAAUGUAAAGAAUGUGGGAAAGCCUUUAGUGAAUGCAGAUCCUAUAAUAGACAUCUUGGAACUCAUACUGGAGAGAAAUCUUUUGCAUGUCAUGAAUGUGUGAAGGGAUGCAGCCAGAGGGGAACUCUCAUUAGCCAUCAGAGAACUCAUACUGGAGAAAAACCAUUUGAAUGCCAUGAAUGCAGAAAAGCUUACAGUGAACAGAAAGUACUCAGAAUCCACCAGAGAACUCAUACAGGAGUGAAACCCUUUGAAUGUAAUGAAUGUGGGAAGGCCUUCAAUGACAAUAAUAUCCUCAAAAGCCAUCAGAGAACUCAUACUGGAGCGAAGCCCUUUGAUUGUCAGGAAUGUGGCAAAGGCUUCUGCUGGAGGACAAGCUUCAUUGCUCAUCAGAGAACUCACACUGGAGAGAAACCCUUUGAAUGUAAUGAAUGUGGAAAAGGAUUCAGACACAGGGCAAACCUUACUACCCAUCAGAGAACUCAUGCUGGAGAGAAACCUUUUGAAUGUAAAGAAUGUGGGAAAGCCUUCAGUGAAUGUAGGUCCUUUAAUAGACAUUUCAGAACUCAUACUAGAGAGAAACCUUUUGAAUGUCAUGAAUGUGGGAAGGGAUUCAGCCAAAGGGGAACCCUCAUCAGCCAUCAGAGAACUCAUACUGGGGAAAAACCAUUUGAAUGCCAUGAAUGCGGAAAAGCUUACAGUGAACAGAAAGUACUCAGAAUCCACCAGAGAACUCAUACAGGAGUGAAACCCUUUGAAUGUAAUGAAUGUGGGAAGGCCUUCAAUGACAAUAAUAUCCUCAAAAGCCAUCAGAGAACUCAUACUGGAGAGAAGCCCUUUGAUUGUCAGGAAUGUGGCAAAGGCUUCUGCUGGAGGACAAGCUUCAUUGCUCAUCAGAGAACUCACACUGGAGAGAAACCCUUUGAAUGUAAUGAAUGUGGGAAAGGAUUCAGACAGAGGGCAAACCUUACUACACAUCAGAGAACUCAUUCUGCAGAGAAGCCCUUUGAAUGUCAGGAAUGUGGCAAAGGUUUCCGCUGGAGAACAAGCCUCAUUGCCCAUCAGAGAACUCACAAUGGAGAGAAACCCUUUGAAUGUAAUGAGUGUGGAAAAGGAUUCAGACACAGGGCAAACCUUACUACCCAUCGGAGAACUCAUACUGGAGAGAAACCUUUUCAAUGUAAUCAAUGUGGAAAAGCUUUUAGUGAUGUUAAUGUCCUCAAAAGCCAUAAGAGAACUCAUACUGGAGAGAAACCUUUUGAAUGUCAGGAAUGUGGGAAAGGCUUUAGUUGGAGGGCUAGCCUUAUUACCCAUAUGAGAACUCAUACUGGAGAGAAACCCUUUGAAUGUCAUGAAUGUGGAAAAGCCUUCACUUCAAGUAAUGGACUCAAAAUACAUCAGAGGACUCAUACUGGAGAGAAACCCUUUGAAUGUCAUCAGUGUGGGAAAGGAUUCAGACAGAAAGUAAACCUCAUUACCCAUCAGAGAAUUCAUACUGAUGGUGUUAGUCAGGAGACCAGAUGUGAAAGCAAAGAUGCAAGUCUGAUAAAAUGCAUUUACAUGGGGGAAUCAUCCAAGACAAGACUUCCAGCGAAUAUUCCCUGGCAUUCCAGGACAACAGAACCAAUGGAAUAUGAUAUUAAUUUAGAGAUACAGAAGGAUAUCUCAGAACUCAUACUGGAGAGAAACCCUUUGAAUGUCAUGAAUGUGGUAAGGGAUUCAGGCAGAGGGGAACUCUCAUUAGCCAUCAGAGAAUUUUCUCAUACUGGAGAAAAACCAUUUGAAUGUCAUGAAAGUGGAAAAGCCUUCACUUCAAGUAAUGGACUCACAAUACGUCAGAGAAAUCAUACUGGUAAAAAAUCCUUUGAAUGCCAUGAAUGUGGAAAAGCUUUCAGUGAGCAGAAAGUACUCAGAUUCCACCAGAGAACUCAUACAGGAGUGAAACCCUUUGAAUGUCAGGAAUGUGGCAAGGGCUUCAGUCAGAAAGGAACACUUAUUAGCCAUCAGAGAACUCAUACUGGAGAAAAACCCUUUGAAUGCAAUGAAUAUGGAAAAGCCUUCACUUUAAGUAAUGGACUCAAAAGACAUCAGAGGAUUCAUACUAGAGAGAAACGCUUUGAAUGUCAUGAAUGUGGGAAAGCCUUCAUUGAGAGGAGGUCCUUUAAUAGACAUCAGAGAACUCAUACUUCAGGGAAAUCGUUUGAAUGUAAUGAAAAAGAGAUAGCCAUUAGUCCAUGGGGAACCUUAUUAGCAUGA